UUCUCACCUACUUUCCAUAAACAUGAAAAAAAUGCAGAAAUGUACAAAGGAAACAAGACAAUUGUUGCAUAUAUGAUAUACCCUGCUAUCAUUUUCGAUUUCUUUUUGGUCCAAUUGAUGAAUGACAGCUAUGGAAUUCUAUUUUACAUUGUGUUCAGCAAAGAAACAAGCCAGGCACUAGGUUUGAUCAAUUGGAGGAGCAGGGUUACUCUGAUGACUAGUUGCUUUCAUCUUUUCAGAAAGAAAGGAUCUUCCUCAGGCACACAGUUGACCGGAGUUGAUUUAGAUGUUUCAGAAAUUCAGAAUGUCAACAUCUACACUUACAGAGAAUUGCGAAUUGCCACUGAAGGUUUUAGCAAUGCAAACAAGAUAGGGCAGGGAGGUUUUGGAGUAGUCUAUAAGGGAAAGCUGAGAAACGGUUCUUUGGCAGCUAUAAAGGUUUUAUCGGCUGAAUCAAGACAAGGGGUCCGGGAGUUCUUGACAGAAAUCAAGGUGAUCUCUAGUAUAGAGCAUGAGAAUCUAGUCAAGUUACAUGGAUGUUGUGUGGAAGACAACCACAGAAUUUUGGUAUAUGGCUAUCUUGAGAAUAACAGCCUAGCACAAACACUUAUUGGUUCAGGCCAUAGCAGCAUCCAAUUAAGUUGGCCUGUAAGGAGGAACAUUUGCAUAGGUGUUGCUCGGGGCCUUGCAUUCCUUCAUGAGGAGGUUCGGCCACACAUUAUCCAUAGAGACAUAAAAGCAAGCAAUGUACUACUUGAUAAAGACCUCCAGCCCAAAAUUUCAGAUUUUGGCCUUGCAAAGCUUAUUCCACCAAACCUGACCCAUAUUAGUACUCGUGUUGCUGGAACAGUUGGGUAUCUAGCACCUGAAUAUGCAAUCCGAAAUCAAGUGACUAGAAAAUCAGAUGUCUAUAGUUUUGGAGUUCUACUAUUAGAGAUUGUUAGUAGGAGGCCUAACACAAACAGACGUUUGCCUGUUGAAGAACAGUAUCUUCUCACAAGGGCUUGGGAUUUGUAUGAGAGUGGGGAGGCAGAAAAAUUGGUGGAUGCUUUUCUAGAAGGAGACUUCAAUAUUGAGGAGGCAGUCAGAUUUUGUAAGAUUGGUCUCCUUUGCACGCAGGAUUCUCCGCAGCUCCGGCCCUCUAUGUCCAGUGUGCUUGAGAUGCUUUUAGGUGAAAAAGACGUGAAUGAGGAGAAUGUGACAAAACCGGGCAUGAUAUUUGAAUUUGUGGAAGCCAAAAGUGCAGGUAAACAAAAAUGCAAAGCUGAAGUGGAUAGUAAAUCUUUGUUGGCUGAAGGGAAGCAAGAUGAUUCAUCUUCAUCAGGAACCAUGAGCUCUUUUGCUACCAUGACCUUCACAGCAAUUUAUGAUAGAAGCGAUUAGUUUGACUGUGACUAGGUAGCCUUGUAUUCGGCCCUCAAUGAUUUUUUCUCCCUCUCCUCCCCUCUAUCAAAGUUGCCAAUCUUUGCUGCAUUUCUUGGUUACAUACAAGAGUGUAAAUUUGUUUUAUAUCUUCUUCUCAUACUAUAUUAAUCAAUGGUGAUGAGUUCAAUUUUGGAAUCCUUCAGUCGUACAGAUACGAGCAAACUUUUUUUAAGAAAGGAGUGUCGUUGGUCUGUCUAGGCCAUAUAUCACAGUAUUUUGAGUCAGGGGAUUGUUGAGUUUUGGCUUGUCUUUUUGUGGAUCUUUUGCUGGUCUUUGCUUAAGAAUAAUGCCAGCUCAUACAACAUGCAUGCCUACAGUAUGCAAAUUGUAAUCCUCUCAAUAAUCUUUUCAAAUGUAGAGUUGCAUUAUUUUUCUUUUUGUGGCUUUCUUUGUUGCUAAACUUUCUCCCACCAUUGUAUUAUAAUGCUCAGAGUUUUUAGUUUAAUAUUUGAUUAUGACA